UGAAUCCAAUCAGAGUGAAGUUGGUCAAAAGUCACUUUGCCACCGCACAGCUGUGAAUGUUUUCCACGAGAUUUUUCCGUAUUUUUCCUGGAUUUUCACACACAAUGAGUGCUUUGGAGCGUUGUUUGGCCAACAAUGAGCUGGCAGAGGGUUUGAUUACAUCCCUAAAGACUGAGAUCGCUGCUGUGCGACAGAUGAAGAUUGAGCAGAGAAAGAAGGAACUCCGGGAGGAGAAUGCACGCCUCCGGGAGGAUGUUGAGAAGGUCAAGGCGAAGCUAAUUCAUCUAGAGUGUGCCAGUGGACGUCCACAGAUUCCAGUGCCUGGGCAGAAGGCUCCCAUCAAAGCAGAAGUGCCACAGAAGCCCCAGAAGGUGCCUGAAAGUGAAGAGCAGAAGCCACCGGUGGAGAAGAAGCCCAAAAAGGAGAAACAGGAGAAACCUGCUGCAGCUCCGGAAGCUCCAAUUGAUGUUGGACGCCUGGACUUCCGUGUGGGGAGAAUCAUAGAAGUUUCCCGUCAUCCCGACGCCGACAGUCUCUACGUGGAGAAGAUUGACUGUGGUGAACCACAGCCACGCACUGUUGUCUCCGGGCUGGUGAAAUUCAUCCCACUGGAGGAGAUGCAGAAUCGCAUGGUGGUGGUGUUGUGCAAUCUCAAGCCCGCCAAGAUGCGUGGAGUCACCUCCGAAGCAAUGGUCAUGUGUGCCUCCUCACCGGAUAAAGUGGAAAUUCUCGCACCACCCGAAGGGGCCCUUCCGGGAGAUCUCGUUCACUGUGAGGGCUUUGAACGUGCCCCCGAUGCCCAGCUGAAUCCCAAGAAGAAAAUCUUCGAGACCUGUGCUCCGGAUCUUCGGACAAAUGCCGACCUAGUCGCUUGUUUCCGCAAUGUCCCACUCCAAGUACCCGGAAAAGGCCUCAUCUGUGCCCAAACUCUCCGAGAUGUGAAUGUUAAGUAGAGAAGGAUGCAAAGGAAGUUCCGGAAAUGGGAAUUUCCACCUAAAAAAUGAAAAGAAAUAAUUUAUUGGAGUGUUUUUUCUUGAAUUUUCAAAUAAAGAAGAAUUUUUCAAUCUU